AUGCUGCGGACCGCCACACCCUUCGUAGCUCCCAAUAGAGCUCUCUGCUACCUCCUGUUUCUGGCGGUCGCUGUAAUCGCGCAUGGCGACGAUGCCGGGCAUGGUAUGGAGAUGGAUAUGGAUGGUGAUGGUGGUGGAUCGGACAGCGCCGGCGAACAUAGCAGUAACAAUAAUGGCCCAACACCGUCCGACGGCUCGAGCCCCAUGAGCUACUUCGCGUAUCAGGAACAUGCGGGCUCCAUCGUAGCCCAUAUUGUCCUGAUGGUUAUUGCCUGGUUCUUCAUUCUGCCAAUUGGUGUCAUGUUAAGCGUCGCUCGAUCGCGACUCGCCCUGCCUACGCAAUUCUCCUUCCUCAUCGUAAACGCCUUCGGGCUUCUGCUAGCAGCGGUGUAUAACAACCAAGUCCCCAACCUGUACGAGAACAACGUCCAUCACAAGAUCGGCUGGAUCGUGACUUGGGUUAUGGUUGCGGAGGUCGUCAUGGGCCUUUUGUUUGCGUAUUCGGGUGGCCGUCGGGACGCCGACACGCUCGCUGGCCCUCCCUACGAGCGAGUUGCUUUUCUCCCCGUUCCGACCACGGAUCAUCCGCAACACGAAUCAUAUCCCGCGGCGCCUUACCAUCAGUACCGCUGGUCGGGCGACAGCGGCCAGGGCAGUGAAAGGAAUACCUCCUCCCUGCGAAGCCACAGCUGCUCCCCAGAACGUGGACGACGACUGUCCCGACCAGGCGACAGUGACGAGUUUGAGGAAAAGCCAGACGACGAAAUUAACAAUAAUGGCGAAUUGCCCGCGGCCACCAGCCGAGUCUUCUGGAGUGGUUUUGUGGAUAAGUUCCUCUCGAGACGUGUCCCCGGACUGCUUUCCAGGCGCGCGCUCGACAUCAUGAAUGUUUUCUAUGUUGCCAUCGAGAGAACCAUUCUGAUUCUCGGCUUCAUUGCGAUAGCUACUGGAGCUGUGGUUUAUGGUGGUAUUUUCCGGGGCAAUGAUGUUUUCAAUGGCCUCGCACAUUUCAUCAAGGGAGGCAUCUUCUUCUGGUAUGGAUUGCUCACGCUUGGUCGAUGGAUGGGAUGCUUCGCGGACCUUGGCUGGGCUUGGAAUAUUAAACCAUCACGUGAUAUGGUGGGGAGAUGGCGGGCCCGCGUACCCUCAGGGGAAUUUACAGAAUCCUUCGUCAUCUUCUUAUACGGCGCCAGCAACGUUUUUCUCGAGCAUCUCGCAGCAUGGGGCGAAGCGUGGACUGCGCAAGAUUUGGAACAUGUGUCCAUUUCUGUCAUGUUCUUCGGUGGCGGUUUGUGCGGGAUGCUGGUUGAAUCGAAACGUGUUCGAGACUGGAUGAAUACUGCCAUUUUUGCUCCGACUGGCCAUUCGGAAGGUGUGCCGUCGGAAGUUGUUGAAGUGCCAAAGUCGCAACGAGUGCCUCUCAACCCCAUUCCUGGUCUGAUCAUCCUGCUUCUUGGUCUGAUGAUGAGCUCGCACCACCAGUCGAGUAUGGUAUCCACCAUGGUGCACAAGCAGUGGGGAAUGCUGCUGGUGGGAUUUUCUCUUUCUAGAGCCGUAACCUACAUCCUCCUCUGCCUCAGGCCGCCGACAUCGCUGCUGCCCUAUCGACCACCUUCGGAACUAAUUGCCUCCUUCUGUCUCAUUUCUGGAGGCCUCAUUUUCAUGCUAAGUACAAGGAACAUCGUGGAUGCAAUGGAUCAUUACGAUCUCAAUGCGAUGUUCGUGUUCACUGUCGCCAUGGGAUUUACAUCAUUCGUGAUGGCAUGGGAAAUCCUGUGUAUUUCUAUCAAGGCAUGGGCUACCAAAAAGUCAGCACUCGCCAUUCCACCUCCAGCCAGCACGUACCGGUUCCCUGCUUGA